AUUAAAGCUGAGUAUUCUAACUGAAGCAGUUAAUCUUUGAAACAUUUCAUCCAAGAAGCUUGAGCAGCUAUUACAACUGCCCGAUAAUGUCUGCUGAUGAGAAAAAGUUACGCGAACGUUUUGUACUACUGGAUAAGGACAAAUCUGGAAACCUCUCGGUCGAUGAAAUAUAUCAAGGAGUGCAUGAAGUGCAUCCAGCAGUCUCCAGGGACGAUAUUGUAAAGCUUAUAGAAAAGGUCGAUACAAAUAAGGAUGGGCAAGUAUCCUGGCAAGAGUUCCUCGAAGCUUUCAAGCGCUUAGCAGACCUAAAACUCUAAAAUCACAGACUUCAGAAAUCAAUAUCUACAUUCCAGCCACUCUUAAACAAACAAGAUAAAUGCAGAGCAACUUUUCUCAGACAAAAUAAAUACAUACAAUGUAACUUCAGAAAUUCAGUUUUAUAGUGUACCAAAAUAAAAUGUAAUUUUCUAUGAAA